GAGGUAACGGGGACGUGCCUUGGUGUUCCUGUCUCCUUCGGCUUCACCUUUUUUACUCUGUGUUUUUUGGCAUCAUGGCAAGCCAGCGCCCUCCCUCUGGUUUGGGUCGACCAGUUAGCCGCAGUGGGUCUGUUGUUCCCGGGACUGCAAGAUCUCCAAUGACUGGUCGACCUCCUACGGCUAUACGUGUGGCAACUGGGAUGGUUCCAGGUACAAGUGCUAUGAGGGGGGGUGUCCCCAUCUCCACACCAGGAAUCCUGUCAGCACAGUUCAAAGUGACUGACCGGCCGAUGACUCAGCAGGGGCUCAGUGGGAUGAAGACUUCCAUGAAGGGACCCCAGCGACAGAUUCUGGAUAAGUCCUACUACUUGGGUCUUCUCAGGAGUAAGAUGAGUGAACUGACCACAGAGACAAGCAAACUGCACAAAGAGGUCGAGAAUUACAACCAGGAGAACUCAGUCUAUCUCUCCUUUGAGAAGAGAGCUGAAGGCCUGGCUAAAGAGUUAAAGGAUCUGCAAGGCCAGUUGGCAGACUAUAACAUGCUGGUUGACAAGUUCAACACCAACACAGAGAUGGAAGAAAUGAUCGACGACUUUAAUAUUCUGAAAGUCCACAAUGACAGUAUGGCUGAAAGCAUGUACAGUAUCUUCACUCAAAGGACAGAGAAAGAGGAAGCUAUCAAGGCAGUUGAGGAGGAGAUCAGGAGGGAAAGGCAGGUUGCUGAUGAGGUUGUCAAAGCAAUGUCACCUGCAAAACAAGAGAAGUAUUUCUCCAUGACAGCAACCAAUAAGGAACUGCUACAGAAUCUAUCUGUUCUCCAGAAAGAGCUGGACAUCCUACUGACCAGGAAAGAAGACUAUGAAGCAGAGCUGUCCCAUUCCCAGAUAAAGCAGGAGAUGGUGCGCUAUCAUGACAAAUUAUCACUGUUGGAGGAGAAGCGCGACACCAUGGAGGCAGAGUACAAGAAUGUAGGCUCCCCCCAGGAGGAGCGGGAAAGACUGUUUAAACAGGUGAAGGAGGACAACCAGGAAAUCAGCAGCAUGGAGAGACAGCUUGUGGAGACCAGGGACAGGACCAGUCGAAUCACUGAGGAGAUCCGACAGCUUGAGCAGGACUUAGAGGACACCAAUGGAGAGUCUCACCAGAAAUACAAGGAGCUGAAGAAGAAAUUGGAGGAAAUAGAUCGAUUCUUGGAGUCAUUUGAGGAGGUCAAGGCUCAGGAAGAAGAAAAUAUGACACAAACACAAGGAAAUAUAGUCUCUCUGUUGGAACACUGCAGCAGGAACAUGCUACGACUGCGUCAUGUUGGUACCGUAACAGCUACAGAGUUGAAGGACAUCCAGCAGGUGUUGUCCAACAAGGAGUUAGACGUAGUCCAAUCAGAGAACACGACCAGAGGCCUGACAACUGAGUACCAGCGUCUUCAGCAUGACCUGGAGAAGAUGCAACAACUGGAGGGGAAGAUCAGCACUGAUCUCAGUGCUUUGCAGGAGCAUGUCAGCACCAUGGAAACUGAGCUGAUCACUUAUCGUGACCUGGAUACCCUGAAGUACACAGCAGAGGAAAAGAAAAAGAAACUGCAGCAGCAGCAUGUGUCACUGAUGCAGCGCCGGGAUGCACUCCGACAGCUCUUACAGGAAAUGAACCAGAAAUAUGAAACACUGAAGACAAAACUACAAGAGAAUGUGACUCACACUGAGUUAACAAACCUAGAGAGGAGAUGGCAGCACCUGGAGCAGAACAACUUUGUUAUGAAAGAGUUCAUUGCCUCAAAAUCACAGGAGAGUGAUUAUUCUUCAGUCGCCAAGAACGUUAUGCAGCAGGUGUCGGAAUACAACAAGAGCCUCAUCGAAUCACUGAAAACCAGCUGAAGC